UGACAGCUAGCGUGUUCGUGCGCAUGCUCCAAAUCGAAAUAGGAGAUGGCGCUAUCCAUGAACAGCAGAGUGAAUAGACAAAUUAGUCAAAGACGCCGGAGAAACAUAACGUUUCUUUCGAUUACCAUGUUACCUCCAUGUUGACUUGGAGAUAUUGCUAACAAGAGCAGGAAACAAUCAUCCAACACUUCAGUGAGCAUUUGAAAAGGGAUGGUCGGCUAGGCUAAUGGUUAGCUUUCUUGAAUUGCCUUCAGAUACACUACAAACCUUCCCUGACGGGGUGCGCAAAAUGAGUUGGUACGGUUUUGGGUUUAAUGGCUUUGGGCAAAUUGUUGCACAUGGAAGCGCAGAUACAGGUGAACCUUGUGUAAACCAAGUGAAAGUGGUUGUUCCAACGGCAGUGGAAUUGCCAGAUAAAUGUGGUGACAGCUCAGUGACAAAGGACUGCAGCAUCCAGCUCUCUGCAAGCUGGAGUCGGACGGCUCUAUUUCCCGUACAAGCCAACGGAGAGGUGCAUCUGACAGGAUUCCUAGAUGGGGUACCCAGCAGCCGAAGAAGCAUCACUACGAGCAAUGGAUGCUUGGAAUCCUACAUCAGUGAGAGGUACCUCACCCUCCGCUUCUCAGACAAGGUGGAGUGCUGGAGCUGUGAUGGCGCAGAUAUGGAGCUCGUUUGGAAAACAGAGCAGGAUUCAUCAGAGAAAGAGACAGGUGACUCUCCCCAGCUGCCUCUGGUUCCGGGGGGCUACAUUGCCCACAUACCCCCUCUAUUCCGCCCCCUGUCUGCCCAGCUGCAGGCCCAGAGCUUGGCCCUGGGCUCAGGCCACGCGGUGCUCCUUUGUGCCUCUGGAGCAAUAUACACCUGGGGAAAUGGGAGCCACGGUCAGCUAGGUCAUGGCGGUCUGGUGCUGGAAGAGGAGCCGCGGGUGGUGGAGGCACUGUGGGGUGUCCCGUUGCGCUCAGUGGCAGCUGGAGGAUGGCAUUCAGCCUGCAUCGGUGAGGGUGGCGAUCUGUAUAUGUGGGGCUGGAAUGAGAGUGGCCAACUGGGCCUUCCCUCGCGCCGUUGCAGGAAGAAGGCUGAAGAAAACAAAGAAGUGGGACCAGCAGGAGAUGAGCAAUCAGGAGACACAUCUGAGGAUGUGUGCAUCUCCAUCCAGUCCCUCCCUGCACUAGUGGACAUACAGCGCGUGUCUGAGGUGAAAACCAUCAGCUGUGGAGCUCGCCACACGGCUGCAGUCAGCAGUGAUGGGAAUCUGUAUACCUGGGGAUGGGGUGACUAUGGACAGCUGGGACAUGGGCCUCUGUGCAGCUCAGAUGAGCCGUGUCUGGUGGAUUUCUUCCCCACAAAUGGACUGCAUGUGGAAGAUGUGCGAUGCGGUCAAUGGAACACAUUUGCCUCAGUCAGAAUAGCAAACCCCACAGUUUAACAUGUCAUGAUACAGUGUCUGUGCCUAAUUUAGCUACAUACAUCAGUGAAUGUUGUUAUCAUUAUUAACUUAUUAACUAUUUAAUGAUCAUUAUAAAAGGUAGUAGUAAAUGUUUUAGAGAUUCUCCAGACAUGUUGUGACAGUGUAUAAAGGUAUUUAUUGCACAAAGAGUUUUCAAAGAAAUCACAUACAAAUUUUAAAAAAGUACCACGACCCUGUAUAGACCCAUGAUAGAAAACAGUAAAUCCGUAAGGCAAAAACAAGUUAAAAGACA